AUCUAGGCUCCAGCAAUGGCGGCCUCCAUGGGAGCAAGCAGGUUACAUAUGCGGGGAAAUGGGCAACUGUUGAAAUGUUUUCAAAGGAUACUGACGCCGUUCCAGAGAAGAGCCGGAACAAAUGUUGCGGCUUGUCACUCCCUGACGGACCACCAAGAUGUUGGGAAGACUUUCCUGGCGCUACAGGAGGAGAGGCGUGAGCGUGCUCAGAGAUCUGUCUUAAUCAGCUGUCCCCCGAAAACUACAGAAAAGAAGGUCCUGAAGUACUUGUCCAAAUAUGGGGCCGUGAACAACUGCUUCUUCUACGACAGCUUUGGCACAUAUGCUGUGAUUGAGUUUGCCAGCAGAGAUGGCAUUUGCUCCCUCCACGAGGCUGCCAGUCUCCCUAGCAUCCAGUACGAAGCUUCGGUACCUUUCAAGACCCGCCUCCUCACACUAAAGAGCACUGGAGUGGACCCAUUAGAUGGGGCAGCCAGCCUAAGGCUACACCCCCAGACAUCCAUGCCAGUCAAUGAUUUGAUCCAGCGGCUUUCUGCAGAGGAGAGUAUAGACCAGCAGCUGCAUUGUCUGACAUCAACACUGGAGCUAACCAAUGAGAACAUUGCUCUUCGCUUCCUGGUUUGCUCCCUGCUCCAAGACAUCGCCGGCGCAUUCUUCCCAGAAUGCACAAUCAGGCUGUUCGGUUCGACGGUCAACGGCUUGGGGAAGCUGGGCGCCGACCUCGACCUCUUUCUGGAUCUGGACACCAUCAGUGGCCGCAACAUGAAGAGGCCUUCUGGUCUGUUCCUGGAGUACCAGAUGAAGAGGGCGGCCUCAGAGCGGACGGUGACCCAGAACGUGCUGUCCGUGGUGGGGGAGGGCCUGGAGCAGUUUGCCCCUGGCUGUGUCGGGGUGCAGAAGAUCCUCAACGCCCGCUGUCCCUUAGUGCGCUUCUCACACCAGCCCUCGGGCUUCCAGUGUGACCUCACGGCCAACAACAGGGUGGCGAUGAAGAGCUCCGAGCUGCUGUGGCUCCUGAGUCAGCUGGACGAGCGCGUGCGCUACUUGGUGUUCACGGUGCGCUCCUGGGCGCGCAUCCACGGCCUCACCAGCUCCAUCCCCGGCGCCUGGAUCACCAACUUCUCCCUCAGCAUGCUGGUGGUGUUCUUCCUGCAGUCGCGCCCCACCCCCAUCCUGCCCAGCCUCGACCAGCUCCGCGACCUAGCCAGUCCUGCUGAUAAGUGUGUUAUUGAAGAAAAUGACUGCACAAUAGUAAGCGACCUGAGCAAGAUCCAACUGGAGCCGAACACAGAAUCACUGGCGACGUUGCUGCAAGAGUUCUUUGAGUUUUACUCAACGUUUGCCUUCAAUCGCAUGUCCAUCAACAUCAGAAAGGGGAAGCAGCAGAACAAGCCUGAGGCGGCGCCGCUGCACAUCCAGAACCCGUUCGAGGCGGAGCACAACGUCAGCCGGAACGUCAACGCAACGCAGCUGGAGCGCCUGGUGGCGCUGUGCCGCGAGAGCGCCUGGCAGCUGACGCACGGCGCCAACCUACCGCCGAGCGCCGCGGGCAUCGGCGCGGGCCAGCCGCGGGCACCGUGGGGCGUAGCGGGCCUCCUGAUGCCGGCGGUGGCCGCGGCGGCAGGGGUGAAAGGUCGCGGGAAAAAGAAGCGGCAGUUGGCGAGCGACAGGAUCAAGACCCUGCUGCAGACGCUCAAAAAAUGACUCACACACACACACACACACACACACACACACACAAACGGCUUCCCAGACGAUACACACCUUUUUGUUUACUGACCCUAUGACAUGCCAUGCUGGUCAGAGGUGCAAUUAGUGUAUACUCCACCCAGGCACAUACACCAAUACACUCACCAUAAACUCUCUCACACACACACACACACACACACACACACACACACACGUUCACCAACAACUACUAUAACAGCUACAGACAGUAACACACAGGUAUGACAGAAGUAAAGUGGAGUUUGGGGAUUCUGAGAUUCUGCACUGGCAGGAGAUCUGACCACCUGUGUCAUAUCUUCUCUCUCUCUCUCUCUCUCUCUCUCUCUCUCUUCUCUCUCUUGUUGUUGUUGUCUCCCUCUCUUCCUCUCUCUCUCUUUCUCUCUCUCUAUUUCUUGUUGUUGUUAUCUCCCUCUCUUCCUCUGUCUCUGUGUGUCUCUCUCUCUCUCUCUCUCUCUUUGUCUUGCUCUCUGUCUCCAUCCGCCUGGUUGAACUGUGCCUCUGACAAGGGGGUGAAAAUGUGUUUGUUGUGUGUGUGUGAGGGAACAUGGACUGAAAUCUGAAGUCAUAUUGUACCUCUUAGCUUGAGUAGUACAGACAUGUGUACCUAAAUACUGUAUAUAUGUUUUUUUUUUAAAUAAAUUAAAACCAU